AUGGUUAUGCUUGGCUUACAUUUGACUGUUUCUGACAUGAAUGGAACAGAUUUGUGGGCUGCUGUUGCUGGAGGUGGGUCAGUGACAAUGAGGGCUACAGAAUGUGGGUUUGGAAUUUUAAUUUUAUUUACCCUUUUGAUCAUUGGGAAGACAGAAAUUUACAUAGUGACAGUUGAAGGAGAGCCUGUGAUAAGUUAUAAAGGUGGUGUCGCUGGUUUUGAUGCCACUGCCGUGGAGUCCGAUGAGAAGCUUGAUGUCACCAGUGAAGUGGUUACAUCUUACUCCCGCCACCUUGAGAAGAAACAUGAUAUGCUUCUCGCCAUGCUGUUUGACCUUGGGACAUAUAAAAAACUGUACAGCUAUCGACAUCUUAUUAAUGGUUUUGCAGUUCACAUUUCUCCUGAGCAGGCAGAUAUUCUUCAACGAGCCCCUGGUGUGAGAUCUGUCGAGAGAGAUUGGAAAGUGAGGAGGCUUACAACACACACCCCACAAUUUUUGGGCCUUCCAACUGGAGUAUGGCCGACAGGAGGUGGCUUUGACAGGGCGGGAGAGGACAUUGUGAUCGGCCUUGUGGAUUCAGGGAUUUAUCCACACCAUCCAAGCUUUGCCACCCACAAUACUGAACCCUACGGGCCGGUUCCAAAGUACAGAGGAAAAUGUGAAGUUGAUCCUGACACCAAAAGGGACUUCUGCAAUGGAAAGAUUAUUGGAGCCCAACAUUUUGCAGAAGCUGCAAUUGCAGCUGGGGCAUUCAAUCCUGCCAUAGAUUUUGCAUCUCCCUGCGACGGUGAUGGACAUGGAAGUCAUACAGCGGCUAUUGCAGCUGGAAAUAAUGGGAUUCCUGUUAGAAUGCAUGGAUUUGAAUUUGGAAAAGCUAGUGGAAUGGCUCCCCGUGCCAGGAUUGCUGUGUACAAGGCUCUCUACAGGCUUUUUGGGGGGUUUGUUGCAGAUGUAGUAGCUGCAAUUGAGCAGGCUGUUCAUGAUGGUGUUGACAUCCUCAAUCUAUCGGUGGGGCCUAAUAGUCCUCCAGCCACUACGAAGACAACAUUUUUAAACCCGUUUGAUGCUACUCUUCUUUCAGCCGUGAAAGCUGGGGUGUUUGUUGCUCAGGCAGCUGGAAAUGGAGGUCCUUUUCCCAAAACAUUGUUGUCUUAUAGUCCAUGGAUAGUGUCUGUUGCUGCUGCAGUUGAUGAUCGCAGAUACAAGAACCAUCUGACUCUGGGAAAUGGGAAGAUCUUACCCGGAAUUGGGUUGUCACGAGACCAGGUUUUCUAUACUCCAUGA